GUCCUUUAGUAGUUUUUUUAAUUUUCUAUUUUUAUAGAAUAAUUAUUCGUUAUCAGAUGUCACUAAAACUGUAUCAGUAAGUUAAGUAAAUCGAACUUAUUUCUCAAUUUUUCGAUUGAUCUAUAUAUCUUUUAGAAUAUUGAAGCUGAAAAAUGGAAGUUAACACACGAUAAUCUCAAUUUGAAACAUGAUUUAGAUUCUUUGAUAUCAUUUAUUAAUUUGGCAAAGAGAACUGGUCGAUGGGAAGUAAGAAACAUAGAAUUUCGAUAUGUUAUACAUAUUUCGAUAUCUAUCAUGAUUGUUUGGUUUUUUGAGACAAAAAAGUUAAAUCUUAUUCAUGUUCCAUAUGAAAAAAUCGUUGGUGUAACAUCAGACGAUUUAAGUAAAAUGAUUGGAAAUCCAUUACAAAAUGAAUUAAAAUAUCGAGAUGAUCGAAUACAAGCAUUACAAACAGAAAUUGAUCAAUUAAGACGAGUACAAGAAGAUUUAACAAAACAAACAUCUGGAAAUUCUAAGCAGAAUAUAUUUUCAUCACUUUUGAGCGAAAAUGACGUAAUGGGUCAAAAUGCCGUAUUAACUCAAAAAGUAAGUGAUUUGCGUCAAAAAUUGGUAGAUGAAUGUCAAAGAAGUGAAACAUGUAAAAUGGAGCUUCGUUUAAAAACAAAUGCAUUAAAAGAGUGUAAUGAAGAAUUUCUAAUAAAAAAACAAAAAUAUGAUGAACAUAUUAAUGAUUUAUCAUCAAAAUUAAAACUAAUUACUGACAGGCAUCAAGAACUGACAUCAACAUUAAACCAAGAUUCUAAAUUGAAAAAACAUAAUCUCGAACAACUUCAAUUGCAACUUGACACUGUAUCAAGUGAACGCAUACGUUUGACACAAGAAUUAGUUGAUACUGAAAGAAAAUGUCGAGCAAAAGAUUCACUUAUUCACGAUUUAGAAUUUGAAAUACAAAAUUUGAAGCGAAUAUCUGAAAGUAAAUAUAAUAACAGUACAACUAACAGAAUGGAACUAAUUAUUCAAAAAGAUGAUUACGAUAAACUUGAACAAGAACUACGUUCGACUAGAAAACGUUUUGACGAUGUGUCAUAUGAACUAAAAACAAAAGAUGCCAAUAAUAAUAAAUUAGAACAUGAAAUUCAAACAUUAAAGAAAAUGUUUGAUGAACAAAUACAAAAUGCUCAAAUAAAAGAAACAGAUACAGAUCAAUUGCAUUCGGAGAUACGAUCAUUGAAAAGAUUAUGUGAUGAAAGAGCAGAUAUGAUUUAUAAGAAAGACUGUGAACAUUGUUCAUGUCGAGAAUAUUUAUUAUCUGAAAAAACGAAAUAUACCAUGUUAGAAACAGAAUUUAAAAGUUUAAAAGAUCAACAUCAAUCGAUAACAGUUGAAUUAGAAUCUGUGAAACGUGAAUUCUUAACAUCUAAACAUCAUUACGAUGAAAAAGAAAAAAUAUAUUUAGAUUUAGAAAAUCGUUCACAUUUACUUGAAACAAAACUAGUUGAAACAAUGCAAUUGAUAGAUUCGAGAAAUAAAACAUUAUUCGAUUAUGAACAAGAUAUUUCCAAAUUAAAACAUGAAUUAACAGUAAAAUAUAAAGAAUUGAAUGAUAGACAAUAUCACAUUCAAGAAUUAGAACAAAUGGUUAUUGAUAAAUCAGCUGAAGCUGCUCUUUUAAGUGAAACAUUAGAAACGGGACUAACAAAAACACAACGACGAGAAAAAUGUGCCGAAGAUAAUGUGUCAAAAGCACAAAAUGAUAUUAAAUUAUUACAAAUAGAAAUUCGUAAUUUGUCUGAAAAUUUAGCUGAAUAUGAACAAUCAAAUAAUAUUUUAUCCGAACAAGUAGAACAAUUGACAGAUGAUUUAAAAUUGAAGGAAGAAGAAUUACAACAAAUACAAAAAACAUAUAAUACACAAUUAAGUGCAAAACACGAUCAACUGAUACGCUAUGAUGAAAAUCUUCAUGCAGUUGAAAUUAAAUCGAGUUAUGCAAAAGAAGAGAUUCGUUUACAAGAACGUGAAAUCUCUCGUUUAAGAUCAAUUGAAGAAGAACAUGAAAAUAAAAUAAAAUCAUUACAACAAGGAUUAUGCACCGUUCGAGAACAGAAAGAUUCGUUGAUAAUUAAUUUUGAACAUUCAGAAACAGAAUUAAAAAAUCUUAAACUCUAUCGUGAUGAUGAAACAAAACAUUAUUCUUUAGAAAUAGAAAAAUUAUCAAAUGAAAUAGCCUCAUUGAAAGUAAAUGAAUUAUAUUUAUUAAAACAAAUGGAAGAAUUAAAAGAUAAUUUAUCUUCAAUCAAUAUUGAACGAAUCGAUUAUGGACUAAGAGAGGAUGGUUGA